CACCAGCGAGUGUACGCAGUGUCGUUCCGCUCCGUCCAUCGAUCUACGACGGCAAAGUGGCCACUCCGGUGUUGUGCAGUGUUUUUAUUCGCUACUAAUCGUCGUGUAGCAUGACCUCAAUUAUCCUGCAGUAAGUAUCGCCAAUUUAAACUCAAUCAGCAGGCAAUAAUCGUCGUUUGAUCUGCGAUGGCGAUCGCAAACCGGAGUGGCAGUGAGGUGAUCUACGUAGGUGAUAAGGGCACAAAUCGACAGCAGCGGAAUGCACCGAGCCCGGACGGAGACCGGAAGGAGGUUAAGAUACUGUUUUUCGAUUUGACUUACUACAACACGACGACACAGUUUCUGCUAUGUUGCGCCGGGGUGUUUGUUCUGUACCUGUUGUAUGGGUACAUGCAGGAGUUGAUUUUCACGCUGGACGGAUUCAAGCCGUACGGAUGGUUCCUGACGUUGGUGCAAUUUGCUUACUACACCGUCUUCGGCUACGUUGAGCGAUCGCUUGAGAAAACCAAAGUUCCUCGCUGCAUUCCGAUGAAAACGUACGUGCUGUUGGCUUUUCUCACCCUUGGGACGAUGGGACUGUCCAAUUCCAGUCUCGGCUAUUUGAACUAUCCGACUCAGGUUAUAUUCAAGUGCUGCAAGCUGGUCCCGGUGCUGAUCGGUAGUAUCCUGAUCCAGGGUAAGAAGCACGGACCUUUGGAUUUCCUGGCUGCCAUUGCGAUGUGCCUCGGAUUGACACUGUUCACUCUGGCGGAUUCGCAAGUUUCACCGAAUUUCGACUCCUUCGGGGUGCUGCUGAUUUCGAUGGCACUGCUGUGUGAUGCUGCGAUCGGGAACGUACAGGAGAAGGCCAUGCGGGAACACAUGGCACCGAACAACGAGGUGGUACUGUACUCGUACGGAAUCGGGUUCGUCUAUCUGAGCGUCGUUAUGCUGCUGACGGGGAAUCUCUUUUCGGGGAUUACCUUCUGCAUGAAGCACCCCGUUGAAACGUACGGUUAUGCCUUUUUGUUCAGUCUUUCCGGCUAUCUGGGAAUCCAAAUCGUUCUCACUCUGGUGAGAACCUGUGGUGCUCCUCUGGCUGCAACGGUAACGACCGCCCGCAAGGCGGUGACCAUUGCCCUCUCGUUUGUGUUCUUCAGCAAACCGUUCACUAUCAACUACCUAUGGUCUGGACUGAUUGUGGUGUUAGGAAUCUAUCUCAACGUGUACAGUAAGCGUAGCAAAUGGACCUUCUCCGAUAUUAAUCGGACAGCGGAACGACUCUACCGCAAGCUGGUGCCUCACAGAGGUGGUGGUGUUAGUGGAUCGUCGAGUACCAAAAAGUUACUGCUAGAAGUUUAAGUUCAAUGUUAGUGUUAGUGGGUAUUUUAGAGCUAGUGCAGACCGCUGUGUAAUUGUAUUAUAUUCCAACAAUUGAAGGCUAAAAUAUAUCUUAUUUAUUCUAGGAA